AUGGUACGAACUAGAGGCGCAUCAUUUUCCCGUGGAGAGGCUUCAUCGUCUCGUGGUCAACCAUCAUCUUCAUCACAUGAUGAAAGGAGACGACCUACGGCUUCUGUUCGAAGAAGACGCCAUGAGGAUGUUCAAGAGCAGGAUGACUAUAGUGAGGAAGAAGAUGAAGAUGAAGAUGAAGAUGGAGAUGAAGUUCAAGAUGAUGGAUUUCCAAGAGGUCCACAUGACACCUCCUUGCUUACACACUAUUCCCAGCAUGAUCGAGGGGAGAUUCAAUUGAAGACCCAUGGUAAAAAAUUAAAAAAUUUUGGAAUGUAUCAUGAGGCUAUCGAGCCAUAUAUAUCCAUGUCGGGGUUGGCUUCCUUAGUCAACCUAUCCUACGAGUAUGCUGAUCAUGGAUUGACCGUUUCACUUGCGGAGAGAUGGCAUCUAGAGACAAAUACUUUCCAUCUUCCGGUAGGCGAGAUGAACGUCACAUUAGAUGACGUUCACAAUCUGCUCCACCUACCUAUCAUGGGGCAAUUUUGUGAGGUGGAGGACCUAGAGUACGAUGAGGCUCGAUCUCAUCUUAUGGACUUGCUUGGCGUCGACCGCGCCAAAGCUUCAGCCAAGAUGAAGAAGUCACGCGGUCCAAAAGUGCGGCUGAGUUGGCUCCGCGAGAGUGGGAAUUUGAUUCGUGUCUCGUACCUCCUUCUGUUGCGAGACUUGAAUGCAUGUUCGAGAUAUGCCUGGGGAGCAGCUACACUGGCACACACUUAUGAGCAGCUAGGAGAUGCUAGCUUUAGUGGUGUCAGACAGAUAGCUGGAUAUUCCACUCUUCUACAGAGUUGGAUAUAUGAGCACCUUCCUGGGAUGGGAAGGAGGCAAGUCUCAGAUACGUACACAGAUCUCCAUCCACGAGCUUCACGAUACAUACCUUCGAGACAGGGAUGGAUCCGACUAGGCUACAUGAUUCACCGGCAUCUGCCUGAACGUGUGUUGCGUCAGUUUGGUUUUCAGCAGAUCAUACCACGUUCGCCUGAGAGCCUUCCGAUGCCAGAGAUUCAUACGAUUGAUCAAAAUUGGUUGAGGUAUCUAGAGCAUGCCGUUACUGGUGCUGUUGAAGCUGAGGACCCCUCUGCGUGUGUUGACGGAUACUUGGCGUGGUUUAGACGAGUGUCCCACCCGUACAUCACUCCAGCUAACGACGAUGAUCGACCCAGUCUUGCACCGCACAUGAGGCGACACCUUCCGGAUGACAUCCCGGUGCCCCCAGUUCGUCGUAGACGAUCGCCUGAAUCUGGAUUGUUGGGUGGUAUGAGGCAUGUGAUCAGGAUGCUGCAGGGCAUGUUAAGCUGUCAACACGUCACACAGAACGCUGUAGUCUAUGAGAAAACUAAUCAGACAUUACAGGUUGCUCGUAGAUCUGUUGAGGAGUACGAGGCUGCUACUACUAGUAGAGGUGCUCGUCAUGUGCGCGGACGAGCAUCAUUUUCUUUAGGGACAGAUUCAUAUAUGUUUAUUUUGUAA